AAUUCCACUCCACCACUCCCUUAUUCCUCUCGAAUGAGAACCCAGAAGAACACCAAAACUCUGCUGCGGAGAUCACAAGGCAGAGGAAAAAGAAGAGGGAGAUCGAUAUUAUCCAGAAAACGAGUUCAUGCGCGUGGCUGUGGCGUCAUGAGGACAACCGUCGUCAAUCCGUUGCGCCGCUGCGUCAAGGUAGCGGACAAGCUGGAAGCUCUCAAGAAUCUCAUUCCGUCGCCCGCCGGAGAGAUAUCAAAACCCGACCAAUUGUUCAAAGAAACCGCAGAUUACAUCAUUCUUUUGAGGACGCAAGUGCUGAUUCUGCAAAAGCUAAUCGAGUUUUACGGAUCUAGUGAGAAACAGAACUCCGCGUCAUAAUUGCAUUUUAAAUUUUUGUUUAAUUGAAAACAAAAUAAAAAUUAAUUAGAUUUUAAGUAGCUAGGUGUUUCUAGAUAUUUUCCGUGAAUUUUGUUUGGCUCUGGAAAAGUAAAAUGGAGAGGAAAAUUUUUUUUGCAUCUUAAAUGCACAAGCAUUUUUGUUCCAGAAAUUUUCUCUCCUUUUUUUCCAGGUACAAUUUGGGUAGGGAAUAGGGAAUUUUUAGCAUGCUAGUGCCAUGAUUCGAACCUUAUAUAUUGUUAAGACAUUAGGCACACCUAAUAAUUAAUCUUAAUAACUGACGGCCUAGUGUUUACUGUUGCUUUAAUUAAUUAGAUUUAUUGUUUGUUUGUAGAUUAUUACAAUUUCUCGAUGAAAAUGUGGAAUUGUGAAGAAUUAAUCCCUGUUCUUAUU